AUGCCGGUGAGUACGCUUCUUUGUUACUCCGUCUCCUUCGGAAGCAGCCACUCCGGGGAUCUAGGCUGCGGGGCGUUUGCGACCGAGGCUGACGAUAUCGCGCAGCUCAUUCUCAUUUCAGGCUACCCGUCGUCGGGCAAGACACAGCGUGCCCAGCAGCUACGCGCCUUCUUUGAGCAGAAGAUUGCACAGGCUCCCGAUCCUAGAGUCGCCCGGCUCAAGCUCCACCUCAUCAACGACCAGACCCUUGGCGUGGCCCGCAAUGUCUACCAUACUGCCAAGGCAGAGAAGGAUGCGCGCGCCGAGGAGUACUCGGCCAUUAAACGCGUGCUGUCUCGGGACGACAUCGUCAUAGCGGAUGGCAUGAACUAUAUCAAGGGCUUCCGCUACCAACUCUUCUGCGAGGCGAAGGCUGUCCAGACGCCCAGUUGUGUUGUGCAUAUAGGGACACCCAUUGAAAAGUGCAGGGAGAUAAAUAAGAAGCUCCUGGCUGAUAAAGACACUGACGGCGGAUACGUGGAGGAAGACUUCGAGAACCUGAUAUUCCGAUACGAGGAGCCUAAUGGCAUGACCCGAUGGGAUAGUCCGCUAUUCACAGUCCUCGAUGAAGAUGAAACUCCUCCUUUUGACCAGAUAUGGGAAGCCAUGGUAGGAAGUGACGGCAAGACGAAAGUAGUGAGACAAAACCUGGCUACUGUGCUGAAACCUGCCACAGAGCAAAACUACCUCUACGAGCUUGACAAAACCACCUCGGACGUUCUCUCCCAAAUACAAACCUGGCAAAAGGAUCACCCAGGCGAAGAAGGCGGCACCAUUCCCCUCCCAGACAUCGGAAAGUCGAUCGAGCUCCCAGCUUCUACUACGACACUACCGCAACUUCAGCGCAUUCGGCGGCAGUUCAUAUCCAUGAAUCGGCAGCAUUCGCUCUCCAAGGCGCGGGUGAAGGACCUCUUCGUCGACUACCUGAAUGAUCAGUUCUUGCAAUAA